AGGGCUAUCUCUUUUUUCUCCCUGUUAGACUUUCAAUUUCUGAACCGCACGUCCGGUGGUUGUGUGUCUUGUAUUACACCAUAUCCAUAGACGAGACGUCACGGGAAACCUCGUCUAAAACAAACAAAAUGGCCGACACGUACUGGGGAUACGACUACGCGUAUGCGCACCGAACGGUGCCGCACAAGUGGUCCCGAGAGAACGGUUUGCACUUUUCGAAGAUGUGUCUCGUCCAAGACAGAAAGAAUUUUCGUGCUUGCGGGGACGUCCUGGGCGAACCAAGCCAAGCUCUGGGCGGAAAAGCGAAUGCGAAUUUGAGGGCUCUGGAUAGUAUCGAUUACACAUUUUUAAGCUUAGCUAAGGACUUUCUUCCUCUGAAUUUAGAAGCAACGAGUGAUGUGUUUUUGGAAUCGUCAUAUCGCAGUCGAAGGUGCCUCAGAAAAUACUUCUGUGAUGGGAGGCCCUCAGCGAUUCUCUUCUCGCUGGGGACUGGUGCCUCACGACUUUGUCAACCUCAACCUAAUCCUCAGAUCCUGUCCUCGAGCGUCCGGCUAGUCGUGAAUUCUGCUGCUCGGCUUACGGUUUGAGACAGCGCAACGCCUUCACCGAUACUCUCCGAGACUGCAACCCGAGACCAUAUUGUACAUCACCCAGAUACUUUUUUCCAUCAGUGAGUAGGUUGAAAUUUCAAGGUUUCCAAAACACGAGAAGCAACUUUUCCCAUCGCAAGUUGGCGGUUUAUCCGGAAGCCUCUAUAUCCAUGUUGUUGUACGGAGUUGUAUCUAUAGUAUCAUAGUAUCAGAUGUAGUUUCAAAAUCACACGCAAAUUCUCUCUGCAGCCGCCGGUCCCGACUUCGUACCGUACUCUGCCACACUCCGCGACGCCAGAGGCCGCAGCCUGAAAACUUCCGAGCUUUCUUCUCCUAAGGCUUCCUACAAGAAAUCCAUCUUCACUGUGCUCUUCUUGGGUCCAAUACGAGUAUCUCAACUGCAUUUGAAUUUGGAAAGACUUGCUUUCAACUUGUGCAGAUUAACAAUCGAUUAAAAAAACUGACAAAAUAUGAUCAUAAGUCGUAGACCCACCCACGAUGCUGCGAAAGGAGUGGACAUCUGUCUCAGUUCUAAUUCUCGUGGAAGCUACGUUCGUGGUGGAUUUGGUCCUAUGCGAAGUACAGAGCCGCACCCUCACGUCUUCCGCUCUGUCAGCGCUCGUCCGAUGUCGCGUCGUGCUCAAGCUAGUUUUCGCGAAAUGCUCAAGAUGAAAGCCGCGAAAAUGGCUAGCAAGUAAGAUGAACUUGAGACUGAGUUCGUCGUGGGCCUGAUGUACAAGGGUUUAGGGUGGAAGAGGAUGGGUGGAUCAAUUAGAAAGUCGUAGGUAAAAGCGCGAGAAACGCACCAAUCCAGAACUAUAGUGAAAGUAGUCCAUAUUAUCUGUUGUUGAAGUUUGAGGUGAGCGUGAGCAUAAUUUACAAAGUGGUGCUUUCUGCGACCUUAGCAUGGAAAUACCAUAAUGGAAUAAUUCGUGAACAACAAUAUAAUAGUGUUACUUGGGAGUUCUUUUCAGUAGCAGUUUAUCUUAACCACAUUCAUAGACGCGCCACGUUUACAGAAGUAGGUAAUAGUUCUAAAUGAUUUGACAUCAAAUAGCUUGACAUAAUUGAUUUCUUGAACAUUCACAUAGUCAUAGACGGAGAACAGAAAGUACUUAAUUUCUUCAAUGUAUUUUCAAAACAACAUGAACAUACGCACCUUUUCGACCUCGGCGGUCGGCACACAAACCAUAGGCGGCCGUCGUUCACCAACAGGAGCAGGACACAGAAGACAGGCACCGCAAGAAGUCGCCCCGAGAUGAGCAGCAUGGAUGCAAUUCAUUUUCUACGUUUUCCUAGAAACUCGCACUCGGAGAUGUAGAUCAUAGUGAAACCUCGAGAACGAGAUUCAUCGAUUAGAAUUAGUGAUCGUUGUAAGUGAACGAUGGCAGUAUUAACCAUCAAUCAUUGAGCAUCAAGCAAAAGGCACCAGAAAGCGCCGAAUUGAACUUGACGGAGAACUAAUGCUGCACCUGAUGCAAACAGAAAGAAGUUGGAAUCAUGGUAACCCAGGG